UUUGCAGAUAAUUUAGCUGCUAAUUUCAGCAGAGAACUUGCUGACUAUAUCAUCUACAUCAUCGAUGUAUCGGCUGGUGAUAAAAUACCCCGUAAAGGUGGCCCUGGAAUCACUCAAGCUGAUCUUCUGGUGAUAAACAAGACAGACCUUGCAGUAGCUGUUGGAGCUGACUUAUCUGUUAUGGAAAGGGAUGCGCUACGCAUGCGUGAUGGAGGGCCAUUUGUCUUUGCUCAGGUGAAGCAUGGGCUUGGGGUCGAGGAAAUCGUGAACCAUGUCAUGCACUCAUGGGAACAUGCAACCGGGAAGAAGCGCCAGUGAUGGAUUCUUAGGACCCAAAAUGGAUAAGAGAUAAAUCUGAAUGGAACACUCUCAAUUUGUCUUGAACUCAGUUUAUGCGCAAUUGUAUUUGUUUGUUGUACUCGAGACAUAAGAGAAAUAAAGGUUUUGAGCAUGAGACUCAUUACAUAGUGUGA